AUGUCGAACUGUAACGCAGUGUCAACACCAUUUGACAAAUCCGAUGUUAACACAAAUGCAAAGCCUCUAUCAACAGAAGUGCCGUAUCGUGAAGCUGUGGGCAGUUUGCUAUAUUUGACAAACACUCGCCCAGACAUCUGCUAUGCAGUUAGUAUGGUGGCACAGCAUGUGACUAGUCCAACCAUCAAAGACUGGAACCAAGUCGAGAGAAUCCUUCGUUACCUGCAAGGUUCUAAGGACUACGUACUACACUACACGAAGCGGAGCGAUGAACCGAAGAUCCUGAAAUGUUACACCGAUGCAGACUUCGCAGGCGAUGAAAACAGCAGAAAGUCACGUUCAGGAUGUCUAUGUCUGUUUGCUGGCGGAGCCAUUAGUUGGUUUUCAAAGAAACAAAAUUGUAUUUCACUAUCAACUACUGAAGCGGAAUAUGUUGCUGCUAGUGAAGCUGUAGUGAAGCAAUAUGGCCUAAAGGCUUGUUAG